ACGUAAAACAUCGUUACAUACACCAAUUGGUUUGUUCUACAUAAAUAGAGUGCGUGGUAGAGACACGGAGAGGAACAAACUAGCAGUGGCAAGUGUUUGUGAUAAUAGUGAAAAAAACAGAGAUGACAAGCUUAACGUUGUUGUCGUUUGGUUUCAAUCUUAGUAUAACGUUUGUGGUGUUGUUAAUAGCUUCGGUGUCGUUGCUUCCGACCGGUGUUUUAGCUGCCCAACCGAACAAAACCCAUCAGCAAAAGAAGCUCAGAUUUGGGUCCAAUGGUGAGUUUAAGAUACUGCAAGUGGCGGAUAUGCACUUUGGUGAUGGAAAGUCCACUCCUUGUCUUGAUGUGCUCCCAAGACAGGAGAAGGGUUGCUCUGAUCUCAACACCUCCGCCUUCAUCCACCGCAUGAUCCUCGCCGAGAAACCCAAUCUCAUCGUUUUCACUGGGGAUAAUAUAUUCGGAUUUGAUGCCACUGAUGCUGCUAAGUCUCUAAAUGCUGCGUUUGCCCCUGCAAUAGCAUCCAACAUCCCAUGGACUGCAGUUUUGGGGAACCAUGACCAGGAAUCCACUCUCUCAAGAGAAGGGGUAAUGAAACACGUAGUUGAGUUGAAGAACACUUUGUCUCAAGUUAACCCUUCAGAGGCUGAGUUUAUUGAUGGUUUUGGGAACUAUAAUCUUGAGGUUGGUGGAGUCAAAGGCUCUAGUUUUGAAAAUAAAUCUGUUCUCAAUCUCUACUUCCUGGACAGUGGAGAUUACUCUACAGUUUCCUCCAUCCUUGGCUAUGGUUGGAUCAAAGCUUCGCAACAGUACUGGUUCGAACGUACUUCUUCAAAGCUUAGGAAAGCUUAUGAAAGCAAGCCACAACCUCAGAAAGGACCUGCCCCAGGGCUUGCAUACUUUCAUAUCCCAUUACCGGAAUUCGCUAGUUUUGACAAAUCAAACUUUACAGGGGUGAGGCAGGAAGGCAUUAGCUCCGCUUCUGUGAACUCUGGCUUCUUCACAACCAUGGUUGAAGCUGGAGAUGUUAAGGCAGUUUUCACAGGCCAUGAUCAUCUAAAUGACUUUUGUGGUAAGUUAACUGAUAUUAACCUUUGCUACGCUGGGGGAUUUGGAUACCAUGCUUAUGGGAAGGCUGGAUGGUCAAGGAGGGCUAGGGUGGUUGUAGCAACAUUGGAAAAACUGGAAAAGGGAGGUUGGGGAGGUGUAAAGUCGAUCAAAACUUGGAAACGCCUUGAUGAUCACCACUUAACCGCUAUAGACGGCCAGGCACUCUGGAGCAAGAGCUCUUCCGGUAGCAGAAGAAAGAAACAGAUCCCUGCUGCUUGAAAAUUAGAUGUGUUCUGUCUGGUAUACACACCUUUAGUUUAGAUGAAAGCUAUAGGAGGCGACAGAGUAGAGAACAAUCAUACUUUACCAAGAAAUGUAGCUAUUUGAGUGUUGGUCAUAAACACAUUAUUAUCCAAAACAUUAAGUAGUUCGCAUCACUACAUUUACAUUCACUUGUAACAGUAUCUUUAUUACUUGCUUUCCACUACAUGUAUCGAAGAUCUUGUUUCUAAAAAAUUAUUGUUGUGCUAAGUACAAAGUAAUAAGAUCUGGAAAACCGUAUCAAAUA